AUGCUGCUGCACCUGUGCGGCCUCGAGAUGCUCACCGUGGCGAGGGAGGGCUUUCCGCCGUCGCCUCGAGAGUGGAGCGGCUCCGAGAGCAGCGGCCGCGACUCGUGGCUGCAGCAGGGGUCGCCGCCAUCCGCCGAGUCCGCGGAGCUGGAAGCGGACGGGUUCAUGCUGAUGGGCGCGGAGGGAGGAGGCAGCAGCGGCGGGUACUCGCCGCCAGCCUCGGGCAGAACGCGUCGAGAGCUCUUCAAAGCUCUCGGCGGCGGCGGCGGCGGCGGUGACGGCUCGCUCACGCCGAGCCCCGAGGAGCGGCCCCUGCAGGGCCUCGCGUUGCGCCCCGAGUUCAGGGGAGCCGCCGUGGCCGCCUCCGCCGCGGCUCCGGUGGUCGUGCAGAAGCAACGGCGCCUCGCGGCGAACGCGCGCGAGCGGCGCCGCAUGCACGGCCUCAACCACGCGUUCGACCGCCUGCGCAACGUCAUCCCCUCGUUCGCGGGCGACAAGAAACUCUCCAAGUACGAGACGCUGCAGAUGGCGCAGAUUUACAUCGGCGCUCUCGCCGAGCUCCUCAAGGGGGAGGCGGCAGCCGCGGCGACGGUGACCGAGACCCAGGGCGUGGGGCCCGGGAAGGCGGAGAGCGACGACUGCGAACGCGUCAAGGUGGAGCCCUGCCUCCCGCGGCGAGCCGAGGCGUGAGAUCGCGGGGGACAGGAUUGAGGCGCGGACGGACGCGUUCAAGUGAUGCGUGGCUCUGGCCAACAAUUCACGAGGACUCGAACGCACGCGAGACACCCUCGUGCCAGAGGCAGUGCAUAUACUGUAUAUAGUGCAUACUGUAUGGCGCACGUGCGACUUGGGGCCAGCCAGAGUCGCGUCGUCACGGAACGGCCGAAGCGAUUCGUCUCAUUGUUGCUUGGUGAUGGAGACGUCGGCGCGUUUUCGCCAAAAAAGACUCGGACGAAAAGGAACAUCCGCCAACAACACGUGAAUUGGGCCCUCUGUGUGUGUGUCCUCUCUAUAGACGAGCCGAUUGCACGCGUGUGUGCGUGUGUGUGAGGUCUGUGUAUGAAGCACGCCGCGUUUACGCGCUAAGUUGUCCGCGUGUGUGUGAAUCAAAGACCGCCAAUGGAACACGACUCACGCACAAUGCUGUUUAGAAUGCGCGCAUCGGAUUGCUAAGAGUCCAUUUUGCGCACAGAAUGGUCCCGUGACAUUAAUGCCAGUAGAACUUGUCUUGCUAUUAAUACGCCCCAAGAGAAGUCUCACAAGUUGUUGCCUUUUAUCAUUAUAUGAAAACAAUCGAAUGUUCUUCUUACAAAAACAUGCGCCUUAAACAAACAAAAAUGCCCAAACAAUUCUUGACAUUUCACGUCUGUGGCGUCCGACAGCUACAAAUGUGAUGUUCCCUCAGAGAGGCGACAACGGCUGCAGAUGAUCGUUGACCCGAAUAUUGCCAUAGGAGCCUUGCUCGAGACGCGCGUGCGAGAUGACGGCGCUGCGCGUCUGACGGCAACUGUCGCGCGUUCCGCAAAGUCUCGCGCGUUCCGCAAAGCCUCGCGCGUUCCGCAAAGUCUCGCGCGUUCCGCAAAGUCUCGCGCGCCUCCACGAAGGGCCGCGACGAAUGGGGAUCGGAGCGCGCGAAUUGUAAUGCUCGCGAGUGAACCCGCAUGCUUUAUGUACAAUCCAAGCGCUUCCAGUCCGACUUUUAAGUCAAACAUGUUUUAGAAGUCUAUGAAAUAAUAUGAAUUCACCAAUGUUGACCGUGCCACUGUGCUAGUUUUGUAUUUAAAAAAAAUAAGUUUGAGGUAGGCGAGUUGAUUAGGGAAAGCGGGUUGGGUACGUUUUCGUCAUGUUCUAGACAACUCCACUCUCCGUCAAAAGUGAGUGGUGGUUCGUUUCACUCGUGAGAGCUCACACCGCUACGUGGCGGAUGUCACUCAACGAAGCCAAUGGACUCGUUGCAGACAACGUCCGUUCAUGAGAAAACCCAACUGGCCAAGUGAAACACAGGCAACCAAACCGAGGCGCACUGGCCACGCGAAGCAGAGAGGACGCGUUUAUCGCGAAGUGCAUUCGGCAGACAGUUUUCGAGACUCUUGUCUACGGCGAUGUUCAUGUCGCGCUAUUGUGCUCCACUCAUCGAGUCCACGAAGUGGCGUUUGUCGAGUACAGUACAGCACGUAUCGAAACAAAGAAUGCACUUUUUUUCCAUUGCGAGAGAGAAAUAGACACACGUUCAAAUUGGUAACAAGAUAACACGUUAGAAAUACUGCAAUGACACAACAUGACAUCGUUGUUAUUUCCAUACGGUGCCUGGGUGCGUGUGUGUGCGUGUACACGGUGGGGAGCGGUAGUGUAGCGGUUAGCGCGCUGCGCUACGAACCUGGCGACCCGAGUUCAAUUCCCGCUCACGGCCAAAAUCAGUGAC